AUGGCUGGCAUUGUAGAACCUAAAAAUAAUCAAAAAUUAGCAAACAAACUGCUUACUUUUGCCAUUAACGGCCUGUGUAACUCUUACUACGUGAUCGUGGGAUAUUUUCUCGUUUACAAAAUGACUGCAGAAGAGCUACAUAAAUUAACCUUACACAUCAUUGAAGAGAUCGAGCACGAGAAACAAAAGAAACUUUUACUAAAAUUUGUGAAGAAAUUGACAAAUAGGCAUCUUGAGCCUACGAAAAUAGAGCGACAGAAUGUUCAAAAAGCACUUGACAUUUUCAGUAGGCCUUUGGCGGCUGCGCUAGAAGCAUUACGACGAAGGAAAGUAUCGGGUUUUAUGGGUUCAGAAGAAACCAUAUCAUUUAUGUUAAAAAUAAUUAAAUGGUUUGAAAUCCAUGACGUAUGUAACUACACCCAAGCCAUUUAUAAGCGGCUUCCAAAUAAAGCCCCAUUCACCUCUACUAAUGACGCCAGACUGAAAUGGCUGGAAGAUUUCUUAAAGUGGCUUAAAGAGUGGCGUAUCUCCAGCGUCGAAAAGAAUCACUUCUUGACGUCGGAAACGUUUGAAGCAAUAACGAUAACUACAAAAUCAACGAUCGCAAAAAUUUCGCAUUUGCUGCGUGACGCUGGAUUUACAUUCGUACUAACACGACGGUUCAACAGCGAUAACCUCGAAAGAAAAUUUAGCGCUCUGCGACAAGCGAACGGCGGUAAUUACAAUAUGGAUGCAAAAGCAGCUAUUUAUGGUUUAGAAAAACUAUUGCGCACGGGGAUAACCUACAGUGUUAUGAACUGCAAUGUACCAUUGGAACGAGAGCAGCAAAACAGAGGAAAUGGAAAAUUCAUACGUACAACUACACUGAGGAAUCCGAAAAAGAGAGCUCUUGAUGUCCUUUCAGCUCUCGGAAUAGAAGAUCGUGCAGUAUUGGAAGAAUUGAGAAGGCCACCAGAUUACGGAGGUAGUGAUUGUGACGACAAACUUGCGACUGCGGUGACUGCCGGAUUUCUUCUUUUGGUUAUUGAGGAAUGAGAGAUUUGUGUGGCAUGUAGAGAAGGCCUAAGGCACACAGACAUUCAAGAACCGCAAGCUAACGCCGUUAAUGCUUUGAAUGAUU